AAUAUUAAAUGAAUUUAUGAUGCCUUGGUCUUUACAUCCCUGCCCCAGGCUUAUGUACACCAUGUCUUGGUCUUUACAUCCUUGCUCCCAGGCUUAUGUACACCAUUACACGUGUGUCUUGGUCUUUACAUCCCUGGCUCCCAAGCUUAUGUACACCAUGCCUUGGUCUUUACAUCCCUGUCCCAGGCUUAUGUACACCAUGUCUUGGUCUUUACAUCCCUGCUCUCAGGCUUAUGUACACCAUUUCACGCGUGUCUUGGUCUUUACAUCCCUGUGUGCUUGCACGUUUUCUUUGUGGAUAGGAGUCUUGUCUCCUACUGGUUUAGUAUUAAUUGAGAUCUAUUGA